CAGUGAUUGGUUGACGGGGGAAAUAUGGCGCUGUCCGCGGAAUUGUGAAAACGUCAUGAAGAAAACUUGAGAUAAUUGUGAUUCAGGACAGAACAGGGUGGAUUUGACACUUUCAUAGUUCACGCCCGUAUGGUGCAGUUGUUAUUUCACUUCUCGUGACGUCCAGCACCGUGAAUGUUCUCCACAUUAGCAUCUUAUGCUUGCUAACAAACCUGCUAACGUUCGUUCAGAGGCUUCACCUCCGUCAGCUCUGAGCGCGAACAACAUGCCUGCCUUUCGGCAAGUGGGAGAGAAGCAGCUUCCUAACCCUGUGCUCUGUAUGGCAUGGUCUCCCCGACGGGAUCUGAUUGCUCUGGCCAAUACAACUGGAGAGUUGCUACUACAUCGUUUGGCCAGUUUCCAACGUGUUUGGAGUUUACCACCCAGUGAGCAUACAGGGACGGAGAUCACUGCACUUGCCUGGAGACCUGAUGGAAAAAUAUUGGCCUUCAGCCUUGGAGACACCAAGCAGGUGGUCCUGUGUGGUGUUGAGAAAGCAGAAAUCCUCCAUGUGUUUCCAGUGCAGAACCCUGUCACCUGCAUGCACUGGAUGGAGGUGAUGGAGGAGUGCAGUGUCCUCACCUCCUUUUACAAUUCAGAAGAUGAAUCAAAACUUUUUCUUCCCAAAUUACCACCGCUCCCCAAGAGCUAUAGCACAACAUCAAAGAUCUUCAGUGAGGAAAAGUCUGAUGAAAUCAUGAAUCUACUGGGAGAAGUCAGACUAAAUAUUCUUGUCCUUGGGGGAGAUGAUGGAUUUGUGGAGCUCUAUGCCUAUGGAAUGUACAAGAUUGCAACUUUGACAGGAGUAUCAGGAAUGUGUCGCAGCCUGAGUCUGUCCAGUGAUCUUAAGUCUCUCUCCGUCAUCACGGAGGUCAGGUCUGCUGAAAGCAAUCCAGAGAUAUGCUACUUUCAGCUGGACACGGGGUUGUUGUCCGACUGUCUGCCUGAAGUCACCAGAAUGGCUCGCAAGUUCACCCACAUCUCAACGCUGCUUCAGUACCUGCACCUCUCCCUUACAUGUAUGUGUGAAGCCUGGGAGGACAUCCUCAUGCAGAUGGAUCUCCGGCUCACUAAGUUUGUUCAGGAGAAGAACACAAGCACACAGGUUCAAGAUGAGUUUCUGGAGCUUUUGCUUUGGGGACAGUCAAGCCCAGAAUUACAAGCUCUUCUCAUGAAUCAGCUGACUGUCAAGGGCCUGAAGAAGCUAGGCCAGUCCAUCGAGUCCUCUUACUCAAGCAUCCAGAAGCUAGUGAUCAGCCACCUGCAGAGUGGCUCGGAAGCUCUGUUGUAUCACCUCAGUGAGGUGAAAGGCAUGUCCCUAUGGAAGCAAAAGUUUGAGCCACUUGGUCUAGAUUCAGUAGCAAUAGAAGGUGCUAUCACCGCAGUGGGUUCCUUUUCGCUGAAAGCCAAUGAACUUCUGCAGGUGAUUGACAAGAGUAUGAAAAACUUCAAAGCAUUUUUUCGGUGGCUGUAUGUAGCCAUGCUAAGAAUGUGUGAGGAGCAUGUACCACCUGAACUCAACAAGAUGACUCAGAAGGACAUCGCUUUUGUUGCUGACUUCUUGUCUGAACAUUUCAGUGAGAAUGAAGAACUAUUUGAUCGCAAAGGGAAGUACUUCAACGUGGAACGAGUUGGUCAGUACCUGAAGGACGAGGAUGAGGACCUCGUGUCCCCGCCCAACAACAAGGGAAACCAGUGGCUUAAGUUUUUGCAGGAGAGUGCACACCUCAAGGAGAGCCCUCUGCUGUUUCCUUCAUACCCCCAAAAGUCUUUGCACUUUGUCAAGAGGAUGAUGGAGAAUGUGAUUGAGCAGUGUCUCCAGAAACCUGCAGAAGUAAUUGGAAAGUCUGUAAAACAGGCUGUAUCAUUGCCCCUGUACACAGUUCCAGAGAGCUCAAACACUCUGCGACUUUUUGAACUUCCAUCUUUGUGGAAUGACAAGAAGGCCAAAAUGCAUUAUGUUGUGUUCAGCAUGCCACAUAUCUCACCGUGCAAGCUCUAUCUUUUACGACGAGGAACAGACCCUACCAGACAUAUUCCCAACAGUGUCAUGUCAGUUGACCUCAGUCACCAUCUUGACAGUGCAGAUGAUGAUGGUAACGCCGCAGCCCAGUCUCAUUAUGCUUACAGAUGCCUUGAUGCUCGUUUCUAUGAUGAUGAAAUGCUAACUGUAGUCUUGGAAGGAGUAGAAGAAAACAGCAGUCGAUCUGUCCUGGCUCAACUCCCUCUUGCUUCCACCCUGAGCUGUGAGACUGAGUUCAACUGGGAGCCAAACCUAAGGUUGGACCAGCAGGGCAGUGCCAUCCCAUGCCAAGGCAUGGUGCUGGGGAAUCAGUGGCGGGAACUGGAAGGCAUGAAGGCUCAGUUUGUUGCCGUCAAUGGAAUCCGCAAAGUAGCCUGCGUGCUAAGUGCCAAUCUGAGGCACAUACGUGUUUUUGAAAUGGAUGUGGAAGAUGAGGAUGAGGAGGUGGCUGACUCACAGAACACCACUGCUGACCUGGAUGGGGGGGAUACUACCAUGACCAGUGAAGGGCAGGGAGAAGAGAAUGUUCAGACUGGAGGAGAUCCAGCAGGGAAUGGAGCUGGGUUUCAAAAGACUGAAGAGUGUCUGGAGUCGGAAGAAGCUCUAGAACUCACUUAAGACUGAGACACAGAAAGAAGCACUCCAUUGUUUUUUUUCAUUCUGAAUAAAUCUUUUAAUAUGUA